AUGCCUCGCUUCAUCUUCCUCGUCAAGGCCACGCCCGUGACCGAGGGCCUCCCCGGCCACGCACCCCCCACCGAUAUUUACGAGCGCAUGGCCGCCUACAACGCGGAGCUCACCGCGGCCGGCGCCUUUGUCGACGCCGGCGGCUUCAAGCCCACGGCAGACAGCUACAAGGUGUCCUUUGGCGUUGACAAUGGCGCGGCGGCCACGCAGGGUCCGUUUGACGUCGAGCGCGAGGCGCACGUCUCUGGCUUCUGGAUUGUGCAGGCCGGAAGCGCCGAGGAGGCGCUGGCGUGGGCCAAGAAGAUUCCCUUUGGCCAGGGCGAGGUGACCGUCCGCGAGCUGCGGGAGAACUAG